AUGGCAACCAUGCCAAGCCUGCAAAUGCUUUCCCGCGAAUGGGAGAACACAGAGGAGAUCCGGGAUCGUGUUAGGAAAGAUGGGGUGCUCUUGUGGAAGGAGGCUUGGGAAGACAAACUCAAGAUAGAUAUCCACCACACCGCUAAGAACUAUUCAGUGCUUCGCCCUUUGUGCCAGCGUUUGCAAGACAGUAAUGGCGCGGUUGGUAUGCAUACUGUUCCCAAGAUUCAACACCAGAUCAAGAUGCUCUACAUGACCAUGAACAUCCCGUGUCCCCCCAAGAGGGAUCUAAAGCAGGCAGCCAAAGAUGUCAAGAAGUGUCUUGUGCUGAUCAAACAGAAGCUUCAGAGGGGGCAGAUUUGCAGGUCUUUCCCAUUCAGGAAGCUCAUGGCUCUGGUUUAUGACCCCGAAGAACGUGAGGAGUUGCAAAACAAUGAUGAUGAUGGUUCAGAUGAUGACGGCGAAGAAAUUCCAUCAGACCCUGACAGUGAGGAUGAGAAUGCGGAUAGCCUCCCCCUGGAGAAUGACCAACCCCAAGCCUCACAACCUUUCGCUGAGGAAGAACAGCCUGGCACCCCGCCAAAAGCACCCACCCAGCCUGCCGCAGCAGAGGUGAUUGAGAUCAAUGAGACUCCGUGCAAAGAGGAACCCGAACAUGUUUCGCAGCAGGAAUUUUCAGGAAGUGAAGAUGAGAAGGAAAGGGGGGAGGAGGAAGCAGCAGGGAUGCUGGAGGCAGGUGAAGGUGAAUUGGACAAUUCAUACCAUGAAGAAUCCCUUGCCUUGAAUGAAAACCAUGUGGGGACGAUGGGAGAUGACCCAGGUUCCAAGGGUGAUCUUGACAGUGAUCUUGACAGUCGCCCAAAAAAAAAGGAGGAAAGAAUUGAGGAACUUCAGAAAAAACUUGCUGUUCUCCGUAAACAAGUAACAUCAGCGAAAGCGAAAGAAUCCCUUUCAUCAUCCAGCACUGCAGUUCCGGUUUUGGAAUCUCUACCCUUUGGUGGGGAUGAUGUGGACACCCAAGAUCACCCUUUGCUAGACGACUUGGCCAAAACCUAUGAUUUCCCCGAAGAGAAGUAUCACAUCUUCGGCGACAGCGAGCCCCAUGAGAACACGGUGUUGCGGCGCCAACAACUUGGACUACGAAAGAAAGGUGAGGACGAGGAGAAGGCGCCCACAAAAGCUAAGGGACGAGGUAAAGGAAGGGGAAAGGGCAAGAAAGUGGAGAAAAAACAGACUGCAGUUGAUCAAGAGGAUACAGAGAAGGAUGAAGGUAAGGUCAACGGUCAGGAUGAGAAUGAGGGAGAAGGAAAGGACGAUUCCAAGACAAAGGCAGGCCAAGACAAUGACCCCAACGAGAAAGGAGAUGGUGUGAACACAGACACAAAGGAGGUCAAGAAGAAGGAGCAGGGCAGCUGGUGCCCCAAGCUUCCAAAACAAAAGCGUACUCCCACUCAAAAAGAACCAACUGGUGCCAGUCAAGGUGCCCCUGGAAAAGAAACCCCCGGAACAAAAGUUGCACAGAGUGGAUCUCAAGCUGAGAAGAUGCCCACUGGCAAGAACAGUGGAGAGAGUGGCAAAAAAAAAGAUAAAGAUUUGAAGCCGAAAACCCCGAAGAAGAAGAAGAAUGAAAAGGAACCUGAAUCCCAUGAAAUGAAAGGAACCCGAGGAAAGAAAAGAGAAACUGAGGAAAGCAAGUCGGCAGAGGACCUAGAGGUGGUGGAGAAGGGGGCGGCGGAUCCCAAAGGGGCUGGAGCAUGUGAGAAGCCUGCACCAACGAAGAGGGUGAGAACCAAACAGCCCCAGAACACUGAGACACCAGCUAGCAAAAGAGUUGAAAACUCUGGGGAUGGCAUGGGAGAUGCAAAGCCGACGAAGGCGCCAGCAUCCAAGAAGACCAAGAAGACCAAGCAGAAGAAGCCCCGUUGCACAGCACUCAGCAGACCAGACUUGUGGAAGACACAUGGUUAUGAGAGUGAUCCAAUUGAAGAUUCAGAAGAGGAGGAGCGGUCAGAGAAGGAAGAGGUAGAAGGUUCAGCCAAGGAGGAUGCCAAGGUCGAGGUCCCGAGGAGGAAAGCAGCCCAGGCAAAGGCCAAGACUUCGAAGCCACAACAGGCAAACCCUGGUGAUGACAAGCAGGAGAAGAAGAAGAAGAAUCCCAGAAAGGAAGGUUCCCCAGAGGAAGAGGAGGCACCCCCAAAGAGGAGACGACGAAGGUCUUCGAGCCCUGCCUCUUUUGCACGCAGAAACUGUCCAACGUCGGAGUUUGGAAAGGCAAAGUGGCAUGCUUUGAAACGAGCAUUCACGGAGUUGAUCCGGCCACGGCUUACAACUUACAGUGCCCACGAGGACAAGUUCUGGCAGUUCGCGACCAGUGAGUGGAAGAAGGAUGACAUUGAGGUGCUGAGCAUCAAAGGCAUGGCUCGGCCGCCCAGAGCUGCGGGGUUGCCUGAGCAGUUUUUGCACAAUGCCUACGGGUUCCUGGAAUUUUUCUGUGGACAAGCAUGGGUCUCAACUGUGAUGCGGGCGAGCGGUGCUACAGAGGAGGAGAUCAGGUCUAAUGAGGCCCCACAAUCCAAGCCCAAGCGUGCUUUGGCCAAACCAGUGACAGCUAGACCAGUGGCCACUCCAGCAAGGGGAUCAGGCAAAGCAUCCCAAGCACCAUGCAGCCCUCCGGGAUCUGGGAACCCUGCCCACUUGAAGCGCCAGAAGAGUAGGCCAGAUGAUCCUGACAAAGAUCAAACCAUCAACGAGCUGCGACAGGCUAGCAAGCAAAUGAUGAAGGAGCUGGAAGCUCUCCGUGUCCAAGUGGGUAGGGAUGGUGGUUCUAGCAGUGGUGACCCGUUUUGUAAGUCUCGGGCUGCCAAGGCAGCGGCUGUGAAAGCAACAGCUGCCAAGAGCAAAGCCAGCCCCCCAAUGCCUGAGCCCAAUGCCGGUCCUCCAGCUCCAGAGCUUCCAGAAACGGAUGCUGCCAAGCAAGCUCGCCUUCGCAGGUUGUGCGAGCGCAAGCCCAGUGGGAAAAUAAACGUCCCACUGGCGCUGCAUGAGAAAUGGUUGAAAGCAAACCGUGAUGAGCGUGACUCCAUGGUUGACAAGCUGGAUGAAGUGGGAUGGGACAAGGACCGGUUUGUUACCCAUAUGACCCGGAUCAUUCAGAAGUCUUCGAAGUUGUCAAAGAAGCGCAGGGGUUGGCACACCGAAGAGUCAAUGUCGACCAAGCUCAAAUGGAGCAAGCAGUACAUCAAGUCGGUGGUGGCCUACUGCCGACGCAAGGGCAAUGAGAAGCUGGUCAAGAAAGACCGCUACAACAAGAAGAUUGACAAAUUCUAUGUUGAGAUCGAAGAGGAGGAUGAGAAUGUAAGUGAAGACGAAGAAAUCGAACGUACUGAGGAAACGGAGGUGCGCGAUGGUGGUGUCAGCUUGAACCGGCUUGGGAGGCGCCAGGGGGCAGGAGUUCCAGAGCUACCCGAGACUUCAGACUCGGAAACAGAUGUUGAGGGCAAGGAAAAGGAUGCGAAGGUUUCCAACAGUGCUGAGGAGGAGUGGGAGCGCUUCAAGAAGUUCGCGGACAGUCUCCUGGUAAAGUGCACCAAGCUCUCCGAGAUCAUCACAGACUUGGAGCAGGCCUUGGAGGAGUCAGGCAAGACCCCGGACACUGGUGAUCACAAAAGGGCAACCAAGUCAGUCCAGAAUCUGGAGAACGCCGUCAAAGUCUUGGAAGCUGAGUUCGAGGCAUGCGAGCAGGUCAAAGCCUCCAUGGCCAAGCACAAGAAAGCUGUGCCUGGAAGUGCUGGGGAGACGGAGUUCUCUGGUUACAAUUUCAUUCUUUGGCUAUGUGAGAAGAUUGAGGCCCAAAUUCUGAAGACCACCCUUGCGUGCAGCAAGGUGACCACCAGCGAGUCCGGUGACCCUGGCCUGGAAUUGCUUCACCACUUUGCAAAGCUCAUUGCCAAUGGCGCCGGGGAACCCAGCAAAGAAGGGCGAUCCAAACAAAUGGUGGAGUCGGAAAAUGAGUUCAUGGAGUACUUUGACAGGGACUGUGAAAUAGAGUCAAGCCAGCCAGUCAAGAGUGACCGGGGGCCAACUUUGCUACAUCUUGGUGCCACCUUUGAUGCAGGAUCCUUCGAUUGGGACCAAGUGAAAGGACCUCAGACCUCGCCCAUGUUGGGAGCAAACGAUGCAUACGGUUUUGCCUUGGCGGACAGGAUCAGUUGCACCAGUUGGCAAAUGGAACAAGGGUUCUUGCAGUACAACUAUGCAGAUGGCACUUCGGCUAUGAAUCGUGCACUGUCAACGAUGUACGGGUGUGGGUACUGGGUGAACAAGAAUUGCGCAAAGUCCCUCUCCAGGCAAUUGUUUUUCUUCUUGUAUGUCUAUGGGCGUUUGGCACAUGAGACUUUGGCUGUUGGCAAGAAUCGGUAUAGCUUAAUGCCGAAGUUGCAUUACCUGAGCCAUGUGGCUUUGCAGUUGCGGCAGCAGUCAGAUUUGGUGGACUGGUGCCAAAAUCCCCUAGGAUGUUCAGUACAAUUACAAGAAGAUUUCAUUGGGAGGCCCAGCAGGGCCUCCCGUCGUGUGAACAUCCGACAACUUCACCGAAAUGUCAUUCACAGGUGUCUCAUUUUGGCUCAGUUGGCGCUGCAAAGGUCCGAUGGUGAUCAAAGGGGCCGGGAUUGCUAUGAUUAG